CUAAGACAACAGCGUCGCCACAGAAACACACGGUAACCGGAGCUGCUGCUGUCCGUCCUCAACAUCGGUGAUAAACACGGACACGAUAAAAACAAGAUCAACACUCAACAUCCACAGACAUUCAGAAGCUUUCAGAGCACAGACAGCACUCAGGAAUUCUACAUCAGGGAAAUGUCAUAAAACAGGACUUUUAAACUUACCUCAGUGACUUGUUUUCGCGGUACCUGGACACUGCGCGCGCGCAGCCGUUGCUAAGACAACGCGACUGAAGCGAGCGACAGCUGUAAACAGAGGAGCAGCAGGUUUUCAAUAUGUCGACUGUCGGAAAAUCAACCAGCAAAGUUUCUAAAAGAGAAACGAAGCCUCGAAGUCCAUCAGAAAAGAAGCAGUUUUCACCCUCAUCACCUUCCUCAUUAUCUUCAUCAUCAUGUGUGGGUGAAGAAGAUCACAGUUCUGCUCUGAACACACACGAUAUCCAGAGUCUGGCCAUCACUGCACAACACCUGCAGAAGCUGCGAGUUCCUAAACCACCUCCAGAUUCCCAAAAGCCCAGAGCCAUGACACGUGUGCUCGUUCGUAAGACACGCCCACCUGAUGAUGUCAGCAGAAAUGUCAGGGUCACAGUAGCAAGGCCCCUCCCACAUGACAUUGCUCCGCCACAGACUCUUGAAUAUACAGGUCCCGGCGGGCCCCGGUUUGACGCACAGGGUAUGUUGCUGCCACACAGCAUUCUGGGAAACCUGGAGGAUUUCAGGUCAGAGAUGCAGCUGCGGGGAGAGACGGAGCUAGUUCAGCGCAUUCCUGACUGCGAGAAACAGCCUCCUCUAGUGGCUGACACUCACAAUGACAGUCAUCAACCUGAAGCUCAUUAUUAUUCAGGAAGACAGAGCCACGCCCUCCAGCACUGGUUCCGUCACAUGACUGACAGGCGCCGACAGCAGGACUUCAUUGCACGGUUCCUGCAGAAGCCGGCGGGCUCUUUAUUAAUGAACCGCUCCAGCAGAUUCAGAAGUGUUCAGGAGCAGAGGACUCUGAUUGAUCGAGGACUGGCUGCUGUUUACACUGAGCAUGGUCGGCGUGUGGGCAGUGAGUUCUGGAGCGUCCCGCAGCAUUAUGGAGACGAGAUGAGUGGAAUAACAGCCACACUCACACAGACUGAGAGAGGAAACCCUGCUGAACUCACACGCAUCGCUCAGCCAAUCAGCACACGCCUGGAGACAGGUGAUGUUCAAGGUGAUGCAGUGAACAGUGUUUGGCAGCAGAGUUUGUAUCUGCAGCAGCGGCGGAGAGAACUCAAGGACAUGCUGAGAGACUUCAGUCCACCUGAUGUUGAUGGUCUGGAGGUGCUGGGCUGUGGUCUGCCUGUUCCACCAUCACCUCUGCUUGACGAGAGACAGGAAAAAGAAGAAGAAGAGCAGAAGGAAAACCAAGACCCUCUGGCUCAGUUUGAUGACAUCAUCAUGGACGUGGAACUGCGACCCGCUCUGAGUGUGUGUGGAGAAGCGCUGUGUUGGACCGGCAGCUCGUCCUCCCACCAGGGUCAAGAGGGCGUCUCAGUCAGACUGAUGUUUGAAACAGUCACAGGUCAGAGUGUGAACGCCGAUCUGGAGCUGAAAAAUGAAGGAAGCACCGUCAUUUACUACAGCUGGGAGAAACUGACACCAACACACACACAACACUUCUACUUCAACAACACUACAGCGGUGAUUUUACCCAGCAGCACCAAACACAUCUGUGUGACCUUCAAAAGCGCGUCUGCAGGCAUCUUGACUGAGGUCUGGCGCCUGAACACACACCCGGUGCUGAUGGGCGGAGCUUCAGUGCAUGUCAUCCUGAGGGGCGUGGCUUUAGACCAGGACAAAAGUGCAGAGCAGAGGAUGGCACUGCAGAAGGAGCUGGAGCAGAAAGCCUGUGUGUGUUUUUGCAGUCGGCUGAUCCUGGAUCUGCUGACUGGAGUCGAGUCUCCAGAAAGACCCCGAUCUCCAGAUGAGCUGUAUAUCACUGAUGAGGAGCGCUUUCACACCCACAAUCCUAAUCUGCAGUUCCAGCGUGGGCCUGUGGAGGCGCUGCAGAGUCUAUAUGCAGAGGUCAAGAGGUCAGAGGAGCAGCGCUGGGAUCUGUCCAUACACACACUCACACAGGUGUUGCUGUGUGUUCCUGAGUCAGACGAGAGCAGAGAAACUAACCUGAGUCGGCUGAACUCACUGAUCCUGGAGCUGCAGCGACCAGCGGCAAUACACACCACAGCUGUGACAUCACACACCAUCAGUCUUCAGUUAUGGAGGGAGCUGAUUGACAGUUUGGUCUGUGAGUCUGUCAGACUGAGACACAUACUUGGGCUUCAGGAGCACAACGCUUGGAGCGACACAAGAGAAGAACAACACACCUUGGAGCAGAGUGAGCAGCAGAGAGCAGGAGUGACGAGGAGACGAGCGAGUGUUCUGGAGCUGCAGGAGAAAAGCAGAGCAGCGGAGGAGCGAGGGAGCAUGAAGAAGCACAUGCCAGAGGAGAGGAAGACAGAUAUGGUGGACACAGACGAGACUCUACAGGACACAUACACACUGAUGUUACACAAACAGGUGUAUGUGCUGAUGGAGAGGAUGGUGGAUUCUCUGUGUGAUCUGCUCGAUGACGCUCACAACAACCCUCAAAAAAGCCUUUAACAGCUCCGUCUGUCUCUGUUUCUCCAGCAUACACGACUGAUGUGUGACUCAAUCUGACAAUGUAGAUGUCAGUAAACAUCGUUUUACAAUCCAGAUCAGCUCGCUGUCUGUUUGUGAGUUGUACGUUCCUCAUUUCUGCAGUCACUGAAAGGGUUUUGCACACUGAGCUAUAUAUUGAAUCUCCAGUAUAGCUCAGUGGUUUUGUUUAAAGAACUUUGAGUUUUUCCUUCAAGCUAUUAAAGUCCAAAUGGUUGAAAGUUUA